AAAACAUAUCGAAAUUAUGUUUCUUCUCUUAUAAUUCAUAACUUUCAGUCAACAAAUACAAAAAAAUCAAAGAUAUUUGAAAAAAUAAACAGAUUUUAAGGUUACUUUUAGUUGUCAAAUAUGACAACGAACUUGUAAUUAUUUUGUGUAUUUCUAAUUAUAAAUACAUAAGAGGAUAUUUUUUCUAAUUUAGUACCAUCACUGUAUAAUGUCCCAAAACUGUGAUAUCAAUUUAAUCUGAUUUUCCCAUCGCUAAUUUAUAUGUAGUUUCAUUGAAAUUAACCAGAAUUCUGGAUUAAUGGGAGAAGAAUAUGGCUUCCGAACCUAUUGUAGUUCAAGCUAUAUUCUCAUUCAAAGGAACCAAUAACGAUGAACUUUGUUUCAAGAAAGGGGAUAUAAUAACUGUCACCCAAAAAGAUGAGGGAUGGUGGGAAGGAACUUUGAAUGGUCAAACUGGUUGGUUCCCUAGUAAUUAUGUGUUCGAAUGUGCUGAUGCUCCAAAACCAAAAGCACAAAAUACUCAGUAUAAAAGUGUUGUUUUGAGGGAUUUAAUAGAUUCAGAAAAAGCUCAUGUAACUGAACUGGAAGGACUUGUUACAAAUUUUUUACAACCCUUAGAAAAAAAUUCAUUAUUAUCAGGAGAUGAAUAUAAACAAUUGACCAGUAAUAUCAAUGAAGUAUUAGAAACACACCAAAUGCUAUUGAAUUUAUUAGAAAAAGAAGAGUCGAAGCCUGGAAAUGAUCAAAAAGUUGGUAAACUAUUUCUCAAUUGGGCACCAAAAAUAAAAAAUGUUCAUCAAACAUAUUGCUCUUUACAUCCCAGGGCUGUUUGUAUAUUAGAUAAAUAUAAAGAUGAACUCACAAAAUAUAUGGAAUCCAAAGGUGCCACAAGCCCAGGAGUGCUUGUUCUCACAACAAUGCUGAGUAAACCUUUCAGAAGACUCGAAAAAUACGCGGGAAUGUUGCAAGAACUUGAGAGGCAUAUCGAAGAAUUUCACUCAGACAGAGGAGAUACUCAAAGAUCUGUCGCAAUAUUCAAAGAUAUAGCCUCCACAUGCGCCGCUACAAGAAGGCAAAAAGAAUUGGAACUUCAAGUAUUAACGGGCCCUAUACGAAACUGGGAAGGACCAAGUUUAUUAACCUUUGGAGAAAUUAUUUAUAUGGGGUCUGUUGCUGUUGGACCCCAACACAAUGACAAGUAUUUUGUACUUUUUCCAUCCUGCCUUUUGAUUUUGUCUGUUAGUCAUAGAUUGAGUGCUUUCAUCUAUGAGGGAAAAUUACCUUUGUCUGGUUUGUCAGUAACAAGACUACCAGAUAGUGAUCAGUAUAAGAAUGCUUUCGAGAUAAGCACAAGUAUGACUGAGAAAAAGAUUGCUGUUUGUCAGAGUAAGGAUGAGGCGAACUACUGGGUGGAACUGCUCAAAAAACAACUGCCAAAAAAUUCUAGUACUAGUGAACUCAACCCAAAAGCAUCACCUUCCCAGGCUCACUUUGUCCCUCAACCCCCUCCACAUCUGAAUCUACGUGGGUAUUGCAACCGUUCCUCUGUAGUGAAUUUCAGACCCAAAAUAGACUAUGAGUUGUUACUACCUCCUGAAGACUACCCCUCAGCAGCUCCCUUCGCCUCUUUAACUCGUUAUUUCCGAAAACUCGUGAAAGAAAAGCAGAUUAAUAGAAGUCUUUUAAAAAAAUUACUAUAUCCAGAAUACCUCAAUAAAUUCAAUCUGAACUUGGUGAAGAUUCGACACCACCGAACCGAAUGUGUGAUAUUUACCAAAGAUGUACAUUGUAGAGACAGUAUAAUUAAGUGUGAUAGUGACGAGGAUUCUAGUAGUGAAAGUGAUAAUUUAAAAAAUAAAAGAAAUAGGAGAGUUAAAAAAUCGUUUCAAAAAUCAUCCUCAGACGACGAUAGUUCCGAUGGUAGUUCUAGUAACCCUUUUGGUUAUAUACGGUAUUACAACCCCCAAACUGGUUCUACAGCUAACUCCGAAACGCGUUUUGAGAGUUUUGUUGAUUAUGGUGAACCCACACCUGAGCCUAAGAUGGUCGAAGAUACAGAUAAAAAACAAAGUAUUCUUCUCACUUCAAUGGCUAAAAUCCGACUGAACAAGCAGGAUUCAGAGAAUUCUGAUGCAAGCUCAAUGUAUUUGUCGAAAGAAAAGACGGCUUUUCAUGAUCUCACCAAUUUAAAAGCAAGCUUGGAAAUUGGGAACGAUUUAAAAGCACCUCAAGUAUAUUUUCCCUCUAUCAGGCAAAGUUGUCCCACGAAAAUGGUGGGGAAUAAGUUCAAUCAAUGCAGUAUGACUUUUAUUCCAAUUCCUUCAUAUAGUAACAGUGAUAACAAUCUCACUUACCCUGGAAAUAAUAAUAAUAAUACUACCGAGAGGAUUUCGGAAGCCUCAAGUACAACUACACAUUCCUCUAGCUUGGAGCUGCCUGUGAAUACCAUACCUUUACCGGACCCAAUGGUAGCUGAACUCCUAUACAAUUUCGAUCAGUGUGACAUAGAGGUUGAUGAACAUAGAAGCUUAAGACGAAGUCAGAGUAAUCGCAAUGUAAGCACGUCCAAGUCUGUAGUAGCUCCACCUUCGAUGUUCCAGAAUGAAACUGAAUCGGCAUCUGAUAAAGUAGAGCCAUCUCUAAGUCUGUCUAUGAAAAACGUCGGUUUCAGGACGCACAGUAUAAAUUCGGACAAGCCCAAACGGAGAUCUAGCGUUCAAAUAAAUCCAAGUUCGAACAAUUACGCAUCCAAGGAGAAAAUGAGGCGAUGUAUAAGUACCCAAUUUCUACAGAUGUCAUCAAACAAGUUCGGAAAUUCCAAAACAAGCUCUACUGGUCAAGGUUCUUUGUGCGAGUUUUGCAUAGACGGUCUUCAUAGUCCACGCUCUUCGGAUUCUGGCAUGGCACGAAGUUGCACGAUGCUAUCCCCCGAUCUUUCCAAUCUCAACGAUUUGCCAACUUGUUCCAACGAUGGACUCUGCAGUUCGGAAAUGCACAAUCUGUUUCAGAAGUACAGCGAUUUCUCCAUGUUGAAUUCAGAUGCGAGGAACGUGAUGUCGCCCACUGAAUUCGAUGCCGCUGAUUUUGAAUUGCAGUGUCCUUGCAUGUCUCCUUUUGGUUCGACGCCUAGGACUUCUUGUCAGACCUCCAUCUCUGAAAAUACACCUACCGGAUCUCAUGAUAGUCUCAGAAAAUCCGUCACAACUAGCAUUAAUCUAUGUACCGAAGGAUCUCCGUCUAGAAUUCAUUCCAAUAGUGUUGAAAUCAAUACUAGAAACAGCCGAGAAAGUUGCACUUCGAAAAGAGAUUCGUUGAGCGUCAAGUCCAGAUCUACCGGUAAUCUUCUGGAUCCAGAGGCUGAAUUGGCGAAGGUAGAGCUGGAUGAGGAUGGUACGCCUAUGCUGUAUUCGUCUGGUCUAUAUGCCCAUUGGUGGUUGAAGGCAAAGAUACCUGCUGAAGUUGUUAAGGGAAUUUAUAUGGACACUCGAUCGCCAACUACAGAUGUCUCCACUAGUAGCAGCGUCAAGCAUCCCCAAUCGCCAAACAGGAAAAACAAACAAUAGGCACACGCCAACACCCCCGCCCCAUGGUAACCUAAGCAACCAUAGAUGCUGGUCAGCUUGUUGUCUAAGACCAUCUCCACCUUUGCGCCUUUGCUUAGCAAGAGGUAGCACGGUAAACGGACUGUAUAACAGAUCGCACAAUAA